CCUCGGCCGCUGCCCAGAGACGAUUCCACGCCGGAGCCUGUCGCUCCUGGAGGCUCUAGGUGGAGUCCCGGGAGCUGAGGGGGACCGGCGGCCGCCACCGAAGCAUGAAGACGGGGUAAGGCAAGACCCCCAUGAUUUCACGGUGACCUGGCACAGACGUUGAUCUCAAGAUGCCAUUAGUGAAAAGAAACAUCGAUCCUAGGCACUUGUGCCACACAGCACUGCCUAGAGGCAUUAAGAAUGAACUAGAAUGUGUAACCAAUAUUUCCUUGGCAAAUAUAAUUAGACAAUUAAGUAGCCUAAGUAAAUACGCUGAAGAUAUUUUUGGAGAAUUGUUCAAUGAAGCACAUAGUUUUUCCUUCAGAGUUAACUCAUUACAAGAACGUGUGGACCGUUUAUCUGUUAGUGUUACACAGCUUGACCCUAAAGAGGAAGAAUUAUCUUUGCAAGAUAUAACAAUGAGGAAAGCUUUCCGAAGUUCCACAAUUCAAGAUCAGCAGCUCUUUGACCGCAAGACUUUGCCUAUUCCGUUACAGGAGACAUAUGAUGUUUGCGAACAGCCUCCACCUCUCAAUAUACUCACUCCUUACAGAGAUGAUGGUAAAGAAGGUUUGAAGUUUUAUACCAACCCUUCGUAUUUCUUUGAUCUAUGGAAAGAAAAGAUGUUGCAAGAUACAGAGGAUAAGAGGAAGGAAAAGAGGAAACAGAAGCAGAAAAAUCUAGAUCGUCCUCAUGAACCAGAAAAAGUGCCAAGAGCACCUCAUGACAGGCGGAGAGAAUGGCAGAAACUGGCCCAAGGUCCAGAGCUGGCUGAAGAUGAUGCUAAUCUCUUACAUAAGCAUAUUGAAGUUGCUAAUGGCCCAGCCUCUCAUUUUGAAACAAGACCUCAGACAUACGUGGACCAUAUGGAUGGAUCUUACUCACUUUCUGCCUUGCCAUUUAGUCAGAUGAGUGAGCUUCUGACUAGAGCUGAGGAAAGGGUCUUAGUCAGACCACACGAACCUCCUCCACCUCCACCGAUGCAUGGAGCAGGGGAUGCCAAACCCAUCCCUACCUGUAUCAGUUCUGCUACAGGUUUGAUAGAAAAUCGCCCUCAGUCACCAGCUACAGGCAGGACACCUGUGUUUGUGAGCCCCACCCCCCCACCUCCUCCACCACCUCUUCCAUCUGCCUUGUCAACUUCUUCAUUAAGAGCUUCAAUGACUUCAACUCCUCCCCCGCCAGUACCUCCCCCACCACCACCUCCAGCCACUGCUUUGCAAGCUCCAGCAGUACCUCCACCUCCAGCUCCUCUCCAGAUUGCCCCUGGAGUCCUCCACCCAGCUCCUCCUCCAAUCGCACCUCCUCUAGUACAGCCCUCUCCACCAGUAGCUAGAGCUGCCCCAGUAUGCGAGACUGUACCAGUUCAUCCACUCCCGCAAGGUGAAGUCCAGGGGCUGCCUCCACCCCCACCACCGCCUCCUCUGCCUCCACCUGGCAUUCGACCAUCAUCACCUGUCACAGUCGCAGCUCUUUCUCAUCCUCCCUCUGGGCUACAUCCAGCUCCAUCUACUGCCCCAGGUCCCCAUGUUCCAUUAAUGCCUCCAUCUCCUCCAUCACAAGUUAUACCUGCUUCUGAGCCAAAGCGUCAUCCAUCAACUCUACCUGUAAUCAGUGACGCCAGGAGUGUACUUCUGGAAGCAAUACGAAAAGGUAUUCAGCUACGCAAAGUAGAAGAGCAGCGUGAACAGGAAGCUAAACACGAACGCAUUGAAAAUGACGUUGCCACCAUCCUGUCUCGCCGUAUUGCUGUGGAAUAUAGUGAUUCAGAAGAUGAUUCAGAAUUUGAUGAAGUAGAUUGGUUGGAGUAAGAAAAAUUCAUUGAUAAAUAUUACAAAACUGAAUGCAAAUGUCCUUUGUGGUGCUUGUUCUUUGAAAAUGUUUGGUCAUUCCAGUGUUUUGCUUUCUUUUUCUUAUGAUAAAUAACCUUUUCCUCCAUAAUUUUUGAUUUCUAAGAAAAAUAUUAGCAUACAUUUCAAACUAAAUGUUUUACAGUGGCUUAUCUUUUUUUAUUUUUCCCUGAAAAAAUAAUUUGGUCAAAUAAACCACUAAGUAUUAAGCAUGGACAGCUGUUGUUAGAGUAGCAGAUUCAGUUUUUUGAUAUAUCUUAAUUGUGCACUUUGUGAAUUUUAAUUUAAAGAAAGCAACUGAGAUUGAAAUCUUGAGGGCAGCUGUAUCUAUUAAUGAGCCUUAUUCCAUUUCCUGAUGUUUUAAAAGAAGAAACACUGCCUUGAUUAUAUGAAUACACUCAGAAAGUAUGUUUAGCUAGUAGUAUUGAAUUCUCUUAAAGGAAUGCUUGAAUUUUUUUUAAUUAUUGUUUUACUGUUUUUAAAUACUUGCCUUAUUUGAAUGUUUAGCAGUACCCCCUUCCCACUUAUAUAUUGUGUGGUACGAUUUUGCUUGCCUAUAAGAGUUUAAAAAAUUUCCAUGUGAAAUACUCUGACAUAAACAUACAUGUAACUUACAUUAACUGUUAAGAAUAACAGUCUGAUUUAAUAAAUGGUUCAUUUUAAAGGUU